GCAGUCGGACGGCCCAAAGGGAAGCUGGGCGCUGCUUCUGCGGUGAAGCUCGCAGCUAAUCGGACAACGGCUGGAGCACGGCGGAGGAGGACGCGAUGCCGCAAGUGCGAGGCGUGUCUGCGGACAGAGUGCGGCGAGUGUCACUUUUGCAAAGACAUGAAGAAAUUUGGGGGACCUGGCAGGAUGAAACAGUCCUGCAUUAUGAGGCAGUGCAUCGCACCGGUAUUGCCUCAUACUGCUGUGUGUCUGGUGUGCGGAGAAGCUGGGAAGGAGGACACUGUGGAAGAGGAGGAGAGCAAGUUUAAUCUCAUGCUAAUGGAAUGCUCCAUUUGUAAUGAAAUCAUACACCCAGGAUGCCUUAAGGUGAAGGAAUCGGAUGGUGUGGUUAACGACGAGCUGCCGAACUGCUGGGAGUGUCCAAAGUGCAACCAUGCAGGGAAAACUGGAAAACAAAAGCGCGGACCAGGAUUCAAAUACGCAUCAAAUCUCCCAGGCUCGUUGCUGAAGGAACAGAAAAUGAACAGAGACAAUAAGGAAGUAACAGAUGCUGCAAAACGGAAAGGGGAUUGUGAAGAAAGUCCCAGGCGGAAAUCAGAGGAACAUUCCAAAAAGACCCAAGUUGACUCAAUACUGAGGAGAAAGUCAGACGAAGUGCAUCUGUGGAGGAAAAGGAAAUUUGAGAAACCCCAGGAACCCACCAUGAGAAAGCGGCUAAAACUUGGAAAAGAAGACAAACUCUUGAGGAAGAAGCGGCGAUCGUGGAAGGCUCCGGAUGACCGAACUGCCAUGAUCAAACCCCUGCGGCGCCUGAAGCAGGAGCCAGAGGAUGACCUGCCAGAAGCACCUCCCAGGUCCAAGGAUAGUGACCAGUCACGGUCCAGCUCGCCCACUGCAGGUCCCAGCACGGAGGGCGCCGAGCCCAGGGACAAGAAGAAGUUCAAGAUGAGGCGGAAAAGGCGGCUUCCCAAUAAGGAACUGAGUAAGGAGCUCAGCAAGGAGCUCAACCAGGAGAUCCAAAAAACCGAGAACAGCCUUGCCAAUGAGAAUCACCAACCCAUCAAAUCUGAACCUGAGAGCGAGAACGAGGAACCCAAACGUGCUCUGAACAACAGCGAGAGACUCCACAGGUUCAGCAAAGGGUUGAACGGGACCCCCCGGGAGCUGAGGCACCAGCUCAUCCCCAGCCUGCGAAGCACACCUCGGGGAAUAACCCGCCCUCCGCCUUCGCUCUCUCCUCCCAAAUGCAUUCAGAUGGAACGGCACGUUAUCCGGCCACCUCCCAUCAGCCCCCCUCCGGACUCGCUCCCCCUGGAUGACGGGGCAGCCCACGUGAUGCAGAGGGAAGUCUGGAUGGCUGUCUUUAGCUACCUCAGUCAUAGAGACUUGUGCAUCUGUAUGAGAGUUUGCAAGACCUGGAACAGAUGGUGCUGUGACAAAAGACUAUGGACCAAAAUAGAUUUAAACCAUUGUAAAUCCAUCACUCCACUUAUGCUUAGUGGCAUUAUUAGGAGACAGCCUGUAACCCUUGAUCUUAGCUGGACAAAUAUCUCUAAAAAGCAGCUGAGUUGGCUUAUCAACAGACUGCCAGGUCUUCGAGACCUGCUGUUAUCAGGGUGCUCAUGGAUAGCAGUGUCGGCACUUUGUAGUUCCAGUUGUCCUUUACUCCGAACUCUGGACGUGCAGUGGGCAGAAGGACUGAAAGACGCACAAAUGAGAGACCUCUUGUCACCACCCACAGAUAACNUUCCAGGUCAGAUCGACAACCGGAGUAAACUACGGAACAUCGUGGAGCUGCGUUUGGCUGGCCUGGAUAUCACAGAUGCUUCUUUGCGGCUGAUCAUAAGGCACAUGCCUCUGCUCUCCAAACUCAAUCUCAGUUACUGUAAUCACGUGACAGAUCAGUCUAUUAACCUGCUGACCGCGGUUGGAACCACCACGCGGGAUUCAUUAACAGAAAUUAAUUUAUCAG